UCGAGCCUUAUAGAUGGAAACAUGGCUCUCGGGAGCGAGGAGAUGCUUUCAGGAAUAUAGCAGUAAAUUUGACAGAGAUACCAAGCUCCGGUUUCCCUGCAAGCCUUAACCAACGUUCAGUGCGAACCAGGUUUUUUGAACUUGUCGAAGUGUUCAAAAAACAAGAAACACAAGAAGCAAGAGCAACCGGCAUGGAUACCUAGUUUCACGAAAAAACACAAUUGUUGACGGAUAUACACAACCGUAUGGUUGAAUAUGAAAAUGGUUUCCUGCAAGAAAGUCAAUUAAAAAAAGAUAAAGUAGAAAAGGAAAAGGCGACAGCCAAGGAAAUGCGGAAAAAAGCAUGCGAAAAACUGGGCAAAACAAAGAAAAGGCAAGAGCAAGAAGAUACUUCUGGUCCUGCCAGAAAGAGGAAAAGCACAGAGUUUCUUGAAUACCUUAAAUAUAAACAAGAUACCAACAAGGAAAAUACCGAGAAACAACUGAAAAUUCGUGAGCAAGAAAUAAUUUUGGAAAAACAAAGAUUGGAUGUACAGGAAAACAUGCAGAAUCAAAUGGUCGAGCUAAUGAAAAUGCAGCAGGAAUCACAAAAGGCAAUGUUCAAUUUAUUUGAAACAUUUAUGAAUAAGUUCAAACAAUCUUAAUAUAUAAGACGGUAUAGCUGUUCCACUUGAAAGUCU